CGAGGGCGAGGGCGCACGGCGGGAGCCAAGAUGGCGGCGCACACACUGCGGGGCCUAUGCCGGCCGCCGCUGGGGCAUCUCGCCGCCCGCUUCUCGCAGCGGGCCGCCGCCGGGACCGAGUACCGGAGCGCCUACAGCCUGGACAAGCUGUACCCUCCACGGCGGGACGGGGACAAGGAGGGUACCGCCACACGCUGCCCAUCUUCUCUUCCAGCACGCCUGACCGUGUCCUACUGCCGGAGCAGUGGCCCUGGGGGUCAGAACGUCAAUAAAGUGAAUACCAAGGCAGAAGUUCGGUUCCACCUGGCCUCAGCAGACUGGAUUCCAGAAGCUACAAGGCAAAAAAUGGCAUCGAUGCACAGGAAUAAGAUAAACCGAGCUGGUGAGCUGAUUGUGAACUCUGAAGAGAGUCGCUACCAAAUGAGGAAUCUGGCGAUUUGUCUAGAAAAAAUCAGAACCAUGGUCACGGAGGCCACAGAGACACCCAAGGUGGUGUCUAAGGAGACUACACAGAAACUCAUAGAGAGGGUGGAAAAAAUGAACCGUGAACGACUACGACAGAAAAAGAUACACUCAAGUAUAAAACAGAGCAGGAAGGCAGACUUUGACUGAGAACAGCAGAGAUUGAAGUCCUCAACGUACCCAUCUUUUUAAAGAAAUGGCAUUGGCGGCUGUAGGUGAUGCUAAACUUAUGAGCUGUAUUGAAUAGAAAUGGUCUAAAAGUGUAAAUAAAAAUAUUUAACAUCUUCUUUUGAACAUA